AUGAAUCCUUACUUUCCAGCUUCACCUUCCGAGAUGGACAAAUAUCCGGCCCCUCCGCAAUUCCUACGGAAGCCCGUUGCGCCGCCGCCGACUCCGCCGCCCGUGUACAGUGCUUAUCCUUCGUCGCAAUUCGGCUCCGCGUAUGCACCACCAACGUCUACGUCUACGUCUACUUCACCGUGUCCUUCACCUUCUUUCAAGACUCACUUUGAGUCGUAUAAUCCUUCUCAACCUUCUCCAAGCGCAUACAGUCCGUCUCAGAGCUCAUUCAACCCUCCUCCAGCUCCAUACAGUCCCACUCCAAACCCCUACAAUCCUUCUUCGCCUUCAUACAACCCCUCUCUAAUUCCUCCUCCCCCUCCUCAAAGACCUCUUCGACCUGUACGCUCUGCGACAAACCUCACUGGUGCUCACGCUCCUCAGCAAUCAGGCUUCUUGGACCCAAGAGGGACUCACCAGGUUGACUUUGUCGUCGAUGACAUUCCCACUCCAACAUCGCUCAGUCCAGGACUGAGUCCAACGCUGUCAAACGACUUCACCCCAGCAGCGCACGAGAUUCGUCGUGUCAAGAGUUCUUCAGCCCUCUCGGCUGCCCUGUCAACACAAGAAGAACAACCCAAAGAUUCAUCAAAAUGGAAAGCCGCAUUGGGAGAAGCACAGUACUUUGCAGGCGGUCUCAUCAGUCAUCCUGCCGAGUCGAACAAGCAUUUCAGCAUCAUUCGUCACUCUCACGCUUUAAUCUGGUAUCGCGGUCCCGCUACAUCCGUACCCAUCACUAUCCUCUCAGAUGAACCUCUUCCACCUACAAGGACGAUAUGGAUGCAACAAAAAGGCUACUCAGGCAACGUGGGCAUGUCCCUCAAAGCCCUGAUGGGCACGACGGGGACCUGGCUCAACGUCACGCCCGCUACAAGAGCCAGUGUUGAGCAUCUCCCCGAAGCCGACGAGCGUGGCAUUCAGCGCGACUUUAAACGUUUCGUCAAGAAAGCCUCGGGGAAGUUGAAGAACCACAUCCCAAGAGAAACACACAUUGUGCGCAUCCCUGCUGCAGCGACAGAUGGAUACUUUCGCCUCGUCGUCUGCGCUGGAGAAGAUAACAAGAAGAUCCUCUGCGGAAGUCCCGUGUUUCGCAUAGCCAGCACAUCCACAGACGUGAGCACCGUUCGGGGAUCGAGUCUCAGUACCAUGCCUUUGGAGAUGGGCAUCAAAGUCGCUACCACGAUUGGAUCACAGGUUGCCAAGAAGUACACCGGCGUCGCAGGUGUAGUCGUCGAGCAGGGAGCCAAGCGACUGACACCGUCUAACGCAGCGAUUAAAAAGGUCGCGCACACAGCGUAUCACAAAACAGGCUUGGGGAAUGCUGUGAGUGAGACUUGGAGGAAUGGGAAAGCAGGACGGUAUGAUCCCUUGGUUACGGGGGGUGGUCUCGACGGCCCGUUGCAGAUUAUUGGCAACGAUGAAGGGCCUGAAGCACCGUUUCCCUAUAAAUUCGCUGGCAAAGUUGUGCGAGGGACGGGGAUAUCGACGAGGGAGUACGGCAUUCCGACUGCGAAUCUGAGUGAAGUCGGAGACGAUGUCAAGAUGCGCAUGGGCGGUGUCUUUGCAGCAUGGGCGCGCAUCAUACCCAACACGCCGAUCGAAGACUUUGACGAUGACUGGCACGAAGCCAUCGUCACCAUCGCACCUUUACGAAAUGCACCACCGGGAGUCGUCCAGCGAAACAAAGUAUGCCUUCACAUCCUGCAUGACUUUGAAGACACGUUGUUCUUUGACAUGAGGAUCAAGGUCAUGCUUAUGGGCUACCUACACGCCGCAACGUCGGACCAAGACAUUGUAGAGGAGCACUCUCGCGAUGUAAUGACUACUACGGCGAGUCUGGGCAGGGAAGCUUGGGGUGCAGAGGUGAACCUGUCUGCGACGAGGGCGGCCAAGAGUGACAGAGGGUUUAAAGAGAGACUUGGUGACGCGGCGGGGGCUGUGCAGGGUGGGUUGGAUAGAGUGCCGUCGCAUUGGGUUGGUGUGAGGAGUGAGGGCGCGGAGAUGAGGGAUCAGGUUUAUGGGAAUGGAGGGUUGUGGGUUGUUCGGUCAUGA